CCAAUUUUUUCUACAGCUUAGUGUCUGUGGCUCCCGUAAUUAAUUGUAGCUUGCUCUUAUCGAUGUGUUUUUGAAGAACAUGAAAUAGUUAUUUUUUAUUAUCGUUUGAGGACUCGCCAGCCUAAGACACUGAGAUCCGACUGUGCCGCUGGUUGUUGCCAUUUUACCUUGCGUGUGAUGUUGGACAUGGGAGAACGGAAAGAAGUGAAAAUGAUUCCUAAAUCGUCGUUCAGUAUAAACAGCCUGGUUCCUGAGGCUGUCCUGAGUGACAACCAGCACAGGUCAGUCCCCGAAGAAGAGGAGAAGAUUCCUUCUGUGGUUCAGGAAACUAAGUCGGAGAACGUGUGCAAUAAAAGUGACAAUGCUCCGCACGAGUCGACUUGCACUGAUGAGAAAGAAAAACAGGAAGAGAAAAAGGAUAGCAAAGACGGCGAAGGAGGGAAAGACGGGGAAAAGAAAAAUGGCAAGUAUGAGAAACCCCCUUUUAGUUAUAAUGCGCUUAUCAUGAUGGCAAUCCGGCAGAGUCCGGAAAAACGCCUCACACUGAACGGUAUUUACGAGUUCAUCAUGAAAAAUUUCCCCUAUUAUCGGGAGAACAAGCAGGGUUGGCAGAAUUCCAUUAGGCACAACCUCAGUCUUAACAAAUGUUUUGUGAAAGUCCCCCGGCAUUAUGAUGACCCCGGGAAGGGAAACUACUGGAUGCUUGACCCCUCGAGUGACGAUGUGUUCAUCGGCGGGACAACCGGCAAACUUCGUAGGAGGUCAACAACCUCCAGGGCUAAGCUAGCGUUCAAACGCGGUGCUCGCUUCACUUCCACCGGACUCACAUUCAUGGAUAGAGCUGGGUCCUUAUACUGGCCAAUGUCUCCAUUCCUUUCCCUUCAUCAUCCGAGGGCAAACAGCGCUUUGAGCUACAACGGGACGUCGUCGACUUACCCUAGUCAUCCAAUGUCUUACAGCACAAUGUUGACUCAAAACAGUUUGGGAAACAACCACUCUUUUCCUGCCUCCAAUGGCCUAAGUGUUGACAGACUUGUGAAUGGGGAGAUUCCGUACGCCACUCACCACCUCACCGCGGCCGCGCUAGCCGCGUCUGUGCCAUGCGGCCUCUCCGUUCCAUGCUCUGGGACAUACUCUUUAAACCCCUGUUCCGUUAACCUGCUCGCAGGGCAAACCAGCUAUUUUUUCCCCCACGUCCCCCAUCCUUCCAUGACCUCCCAAAGCAGCACUUCAAUGACGGCCCGGACUGUGUCCUCGUCUCCUCAGACGCCCUCCUCCAUCCCCUGUGAAUCUUUAAGGCCUUCUCUACCCAGUUUCUCUUCAGGACUUUCCAGCGGACUUUCUGAUUACUUCACGCAUCAAAAUCAAGGGUCAACCUCAAACCCACUUAUACACUAACUAAUCCUGCACAGGAGCAGACUGUAAGUGAACAUUUUACACCAUUUACAUUGUAAUAUAAAAUAACGAAGAAAUUAAGCAAAGAGAAAGAACAAAAUGCAAGCAGUCGAAUUCCAGGUAUUUUUUAUGAAUAUUCUGCAUUUAUUUCUGUAUACAAACGUCAUAUACAUACGUCAAAUGUUGGGAAGUUGUUUUAUUCCUCUGUCAGCAACGUGCAAUGUGACAAGAAAAAAGACGAAGAUAAAAUGUAGGCUUUUUUUAAAGGCAGUAUAAUUACAUUAGAAUGUGUAUUGAAAUAGUGACUGCAGAUUUGCCUAAUUUUAAUAUAACAAAAUAUCUAAUAUCAUCACGUCACCCACCAGUCCCAUGUUUGCAGUAUUAUCACCUACCGUGAGUGCGCUGGUGGAAUAUGAUUUUGAAAAAAAAAAUUACACACUAAUUUUUAUUUUGAAAAUUUCAAAUAAAUAUGUGUUCUUAAAGUGCAGAUUACCCGUGCGAUUCCAUGGCUCUUUGUUAUUUUUGUCCUUUUUAUUACAGAUAGGUAAAUGCACUUACAAUGCUUUCGUUCUUCUCAAAAUACUGUUACUUUGUAGACCAAAGACUGGGUAUAGAAAAAAAGAGAAUUUCAGUAUUCACCACACCUGACUGACCGUUUGAGAAGGGGACAAAAGGAAUGAAUGCCUUUAGCUUGUGUUGUGCAUAUUUUACUGUAGGCCUAUGUGGUCACCACCAGGUCACUUUUUUUGUAAUUAGUAAAUUGUCAAUACCUAUUUGUAAUUAUAGGUUAUCUUUGCGAACGUGUAACCCGUGUUGAGUAAAUGCCUCAUAAAAAAUGGAGUGAUUGUUGAUGUCGUCUUUAAAUUUCAUGGUUGUGAUAUUGUGGUCUUAUGCCCGUGUUUGUCGCUUAAACUGUUAACCGAACAAAAAUAAAAGAAAUAGGUCAAGUCCAGUAA